AUGCCUGACUAUGAAAAACAAGUUUUGACCGGAUCCAGUAUUGACAUAGAUUGGAACAAACCAUUCUGUGUUUUAAAGCCAGAUUUGGGAAAUAAACUACUCCCAAAGCCAACUGAUAAAGUCUUCAAUUUAUACCACGAUAACAACAAUUCUUCACGAGAAAACAAGAAAUAUAAUGAUAUGUCUCUUGACAGCUCUUUGGAAGAACAAUCUGUUACCCCUUCUGAGCUGUUUAAAUCUAGAAUAUCAGAAGUUGGAAGAAACUUGAAUAAUUUGUUCGGAACUUCUGUGGACAAUGCCUUGGAAAAAGUUAUUAAUGGCAAGCAUGUUCAGUACACAAGCAAAAAGGCAACAGAUCACGUUGAAGAUAUCCGCAGCUCUGAUCCACGGUCUUCUUUGGAGUGGGAGUCGAGAAACUUGGUGUGUUACAAAAUGGCACGCAGAAAGAAGUACGCCAAAAGAAAUAUUCUUUUCUACAUUCCGUAUACAUUUGUAGGAGGAUUAUUCGAAUGUGCUAUUCCUGAUAAUAGGAAAAAGGAAAUCUUUCAAGAGUUUCAAUCUGGGGACUUCUUGAAGAAUUUCGAUUUUAGAUGUGAUAAAUCACUAGCUACUCCGGUGUCGCCUUUGGUUGCUCAAGACAGCACUAAACAAUGGUUAGAGACAAAGUUUAAUCCAUUAAACCCAGUAUUAAUUCAAAGAAUUCCUUAUUUAUCAACGGCCUCGAUAUUUGACAUAAGAUUUUCGACCAGUGAUACGCCUGAUAUGCUUCAAGACACCUGGGCAAGCCAAAUAGAUGUUAAUGAGGAAUAUACUUACACGGAUCUUGAGUUAAACGUAAUUUCACAAGCAAUCGCUUUAUCAGCAGAUUAUUUUCAUAAAACAUUUCGUCCUUUGGAUUUAUCUGGGGUAUUUCAUGAUUUGGUUCUUUUGAAAUCAUCUGAUGGUCUACAAAAUUCGCAUGUAGCAAUUCGAAACUUCAUCAUGAGUACUUUUAAGAAAUUGUCUUUCGAUCAGAAAAUAAAUAUGUUAUUAUCUUCAAGAAAGGCAGAAGAAGCCAUGCUCCAUUUACGUAAAUUACAAAGAAUGUGGGAUAACCUAGUCGAUUAG